AUGUCGAUCAGUCGGCUGAGUAGAGCCAUUGAGAAGCUCCCGCUGGACAUUCGAACCAACGAGUUGCUUAUGCGUGUCGCUAGCGCUCAAAAACCGCUGCGCUUGGAACACAUGAUCGCGCAGUUCGAAUCCACGAGAGAACCCAAACAGCUCGAAAACAUUAUCCAUGAGCUGUAUUUCCGGUGGAACAACGAAUUGCCCGAACAUUUGAAACGGUUUCGGCGAUUCUACGCGGAAUUGCGCGACCAUUGGCCCUACGAACGGCACAGGGCGUUGCUCGCGAUGUCCAAUCCAAGAGAAACUUCGGUACGCUACCUGUGGGUAAACAAAUCGUCUGUCGCGCUCGAAAAUUUACAACUCGAGAGGCACGGCUGGGCCUUGCAGGCCCAGCCAUACUGCCUUUCGAACCUGGGGCGAUCGUUGGUCAUGCACGAGAUAUUUCACCACUGCUUGUUUCUCAAACGGUCGCCACGGCUCUGCAAAAACAGAAAAGAAGUGCCCAUUCCGAUCGUUGAGAUACCGCUGAAUCCGCUAGGUCACGACAUACCGGAUGUUCGUAUCAGGAAUUUGUUCCGACGUAAAGUCGCCGAGACGUUUCGCCUGCUCGCGGAGGAGAACCCUCCCCUGUCCGACGAGUGUGAAAAGGCGCUCAGAAAAAUCAUCGAGUGUCCACAGCCGGCAAACGGAGCAUCCUCGCGGCAGUUGCGUCGUCUGUACCAGCGGAGUUGUCGCGGAGCCUACACUGUCCACCGGGAUCCACAGGUGGGCCUGAAUUUUAUCGUAAGUCCCCUACUUAAAGAUUUGAUUUAG